AAAAAUCUGUGGAAGCAGAGUGUGAAAAUAGGUAGGUCCAAGUAGGGCAGAGCUCAGAAACGCAAAAGGCGUCUUCUCUUCCACCAACUUGUUGGCCUUCUUCUUUCCUUUCAUCUUUCUUUCCUUUUCAGAAAAAAAAAAUGGAAAAAGAGGAGAAAAUCAAUGUUAAUAUCGAUGAAACCCUAACAGAAACAGAGAAUGAAGAACAUGUUGAAGAUGAAAAAGAAAGACUUGAUGCUAACCUUCCACCUGAGGAAUUUCCAAACGAGUUCCAAUGUUGCGUUUGCUUGGAACUCCUUUACAAGCCUGUUGUAUUAGCCUGUGGCCACAUGUCAUGCUUCUGGUGUGUCUAUAAUGCAAUGAAUCAUGUUUAUCAGUCAAAUUGCCCCAUUUGUCGGUGCCCAUUCAAUCAUUUCCCAAGUGUCUGCCAAUUGCUGCACUUUUUGCUUCUGAAGUUGUAUCCUAUAGCCUAUAAGAGAAGGGAAAGGCAAGUCCAAGAAGAAGAGAAUGAAGCUGGCCGAUUCUCACUUCAAUUUGAUAAAAAUUUAGUUGAACCAAUGCCUUGUGAGAAUUCAGAUAUUUUCGGGAAUAACCAAAACCAGCCUCAUCUUGAAAUGGACAUUCAUUCAGAAAGUUGUUCUAAGGAUCAGGAAUCUUCCUCAUCCAGAGAUUCACUAAAAAUGACCAUGCAGGAUGAAAAUGGUAUAGCAAAUAAACCAACGACAUCUUCAAAGGACCCUGAAGUUUCUAGAAAUGAACCCAACGAAGGAAAGAGUUGGAUCCAAAAUGAGUUUGAGCAUAAAGAUCAAAAGGUUUCUAUUGCCGAUUUACUCUGUGCUGCAUGCAAGAGGCUGCUUUUGCGACCAGUUGUUCUCAAUUGUGGCCAUGUAUAUUGUGAAUCUUGUUUUCUUAUUCCAAAAGAUGAAAACCUUAGGUGUCAAGUCUGUAAAAGCUUGCAACCAAAUGGAUUUCCUAGUGUUUGUUUAAUUCUGGAGCAAUUCUUGGAGGAGCACUUUCCUGAAGAAUAUACAGAAAGACAGAGGACUUUACUCAAAGAACACAGUUGUUCAAUACAAGCUCAACGAGAUGCAAAGCGGUCAGCAGCAUCAAUGUCCAUGGAUUUCUACUCAUCAUGGUUUCUUGGCAAUGGGCCAAAAGUUCAUAUCGGAGUGGGCUGUGAUUAUUGUGGGAUGACUCCAAUAAUAGGGGAGAGAUACAGAUGCAAAGACUGCGUGGAGAAAAUAGGUUUUGACCUAUGCGAAUCAUGCUACAAAGCUCCGGCUAAGAUCCCUGGUCGAUUUAAUCAGCAGCAUAAACCCGAGCAUCAAUUAGAAAUUGAACAGCCUUUAAGCCUAAGUGAAUUUAUAUCCAGGCUGACCUCGGAACAAUCCGAUGAUGAUAUCUCAGAUGCACCUGGACAUACCGAUGAUGCUUCACAUAUGCCUAUGUUGUCAGCCAGUGUUCAACAAGAUGAAGGUGAUGGUUCUCAAGACCCUGAAGAUGUUUCUCCUUCUCUGAUUUUAUCAGUUGAUGUGUCAUUGGAUCAAGAGGAUGACUCUGAUGAUCCAAAUGAUAAUAUUUCAUCAGAUACGAUAAAUCAAGGGUUUAAUCCUGUUAAUUCAUGCAAUUACUCUUAGAGAGUAUGCAUAAAAAAAGUUUAGGGCUGGAAUUUAUGUAUUUAUAAUUUCUUCCCCCCCCCCCUUCCUUUUUUUCCUAACCACAGAAAAAACAGUUGUGUAAUUCAUAAUCCGUAAUGGUGAUAAAAUUAUUGCUUAGAUUUUAUACUUCAA